AUGGCCAUCAAGCCAAACUUUGAAGGCAUCGAGGAACUGUUUGCAUCCAAGGAGACUGCAGAGGUGCCCCAAAAACCUGUUGAAGACCUGAUUGCAGACGACAUCUUCCUCCAGUCCCAUCCAGGUUUGGCACAGGUGUGGGAAGAAGCCCAGGACAAGUACUACCUCAACCUGCUUGAUACAGCACUGAACAAACUCCCCAAAGACAUCCGGAACCAGACUGACAAGACCACAACACAACAGAAGUCAGACACUGGUCCCCACCCACUUCCACCGUGCCCCCCGCUAGACUUGGCGGCUAAGCAGCGCGACGACCCGAUCCUGGGACAACUUGUGACUGACAAGGCCCAGAACGUCAAACCCGUGGCCGCCGGCUGGCAGGCCCUAACACGGGACCAACGUGCGCUGCUUCAUCAGACCUUGUACCCCGAAAAACAUGGCAGGGUCAGCCUUCAAACGGCAUUAAGCAUCUUGAGAGACUUCGGGGUUACUGAACAAAGUGUUGGAAAGUAUCUCCGUCAGGUCUUUGAUGUCCGCAUAAAAUAUGGAAGAGGACCUGCUUCCGAGACAUACUUUGAGGGUGUUUCGCUGUCACAAUUGCCGAGCUCACAGUUCCAGCCCUUCCAGCCCUUCCAGCCAGGCACACAGCCGAGCUCACAGGUCCAGCCCUUCCAGCCAGGCACACCGCAGCUGAGCUCACAGGUCCAGCCCUUCCAGCCAGGCACACCGCAGCUGAGCUCACAGGUCCAGCCCUUCCAGCCCUUCCAGCCAGGCACACCGCAGCCGAGCUCACAGGUCCAGCCCUUCCAGCCAGGCACACCGCAGCCGAGCUCACAGGUCCAGCCCUUCCAGCCAGGCACACCGCAGCCGAGUUCACAGGUCCAGCCCUUCCAGCCAGGCACACCGCAGCUGAGCUCACAGGUCCAGCCCUUCCAGCCCUUCCAGCUAGGCACACAACUGCCAUGCACACCUGCAGCAUACAUGUGUCUUGUACAGUCGAACAUGGAGCUGCAAGAACAGAUUCGCAGACUGGAAGAGGAGAAGAAGGCUUUAAACCAGCACUUACAGCAAGUCAACAGGCUGAACCAGUGUGCCAUGUGGGACCAGGUUGACACAGGACAGGUAGACAAGGAACUUUCCUUAAUAUCCAGCAGUAAAAGUCCACUCAGUGGAACCAUCCGAACACUGGAGGAUAUUCGCAGCUUGACGAUUGAAGGGGUCGGAGUGUAUAUCACAAAAAAUGCCCCACGACUUUACCACGUGAUACAGUCUCUUAUGAACAGCGUGUAUCAAGAGGAUGAUGGAUUUUCUUCAAUCAUGGUGAUAUCCUCUAUCACCCAUGCACGCAACCGGAAGUCCAGCGUUCUACAGACGAUCAUCUCCCUGUAUCUUCUGCUGUCUGCGAGUCAACACGAGGUCAUUCAAAUGUUGAACCACACGCACCAGUGUGCAUCGUUCCAAACUGCAUGGCGUGCUAUCGAGCAAUUUGCUGACAGCAGGGCUGAAGACUCUCCACUGCCAAACACAACAGAGGUUUGGGCGUACGACAACCUGAACAUAAUGAAGAGAGUCCGGCAUGUCAGAAAGGAGCACCACGCCCAAAUGAUAAACUGGACGACAAGACUCGUCAUCCCAGUGCGACAUCUGCCUGCCGACAACCUGGGAAAAGAACCACAGGGGAUGCGACAGAAUUUGACGACAUCAGACAUCCUACCCACAGUGGAGGAUGUCACACAUCUGAAGGCACGGCUUGUUGAUCGGACAGUGAGGCUACUGGUUGAAAAGUUUAAGGCUUUUCACCAGUUCAGCGACAACAUCCGUCCAUCCAAUCAACAUGUGAAACGCUCUACAUACAUGCCUUUGAAGGUCCUGGACAAGGACGAAGCAAAAAUAUCUGACAACAUUCAGAUUUUGCUUCAGUUUGCCAAGGACCGUGGUCUCCAGGACAUUUGCAAGGAUCAGGUAGUGUUUGGAGAUCAAGCGACAUGUCGAAACCUUCGAGGCGCGAAAAGGUUUAGACAGACCGAAGAUGAUCAUCUGCAGAGUCUCCAGUGGGCAAAAGAGACACCAGGGGACUUUCACUUCCUGUGGGAGGCCGGCAGAACAAUUCUGCUGGCCUUCUGGUCAUCACCCCGUAAUGUCGGGAGUGUGGGUCAUCUGCGGGACCUGGUCGACAGAAGGACUGUGGAUUCCAGGGGCAAGAACUUCAAUGCGGUGGAUGAGCUGCUGCACCACAUUGAAGAGGCCCACCUGACAGCAGCUCUUAUGAAGCAUCUCAACAUGGAGACCCCAGGUGAUGACUUCCAUGUUCCACAGUUCGACCAACUGAAGGACCUGGCGAAGGACUUUGUGGAAAACCUGGCCACAAGACCCAUCUCACAGCAGGUGGACGAUGAGCUGUACAAGUUUAACCACAGACUGCUGUACCACCUCCUGUUGUACACAGACCUGAGACAGUGCAUCAGAAAUGAGAAUGGGCCAGCCAUUGUGGAACACUGGAAGUUGUGGUUUCCACUCUUCCUAGGAACAGGAAGAGGGAACUACAGCUACGAGUGUGUAAACCUCAUAGCCAACCUUCAGGCUGACUGGUCAGAGAGGACAGCAUAUGUAGCAACUGCAAACCGGACUGUCAACCUGCAUGGCAAGUCGGGCCACGGAAAGCCAGUCGACAUGCUGGUGGAGCAUUACAACAGGUGA